GAGCUAGUUAGUGACGGACAAACGCCGGCCAUAUUUCCGCUAAUAACAAUCCUAGCUAACCUACCAUAAGGGUUGUUUUUACUCAGGUGCACUUUGGAAACCGUCAUGGAGAACUGUGACGAAACGAACACAUUUAAUUUAAUGAUAAGUAUUCAGUAGUUGUUAGUAAUAAAAGUGAAACAGAAAAAAAAUAAUAAUCACGAUAAAGCCAGCUUAGUGAUGACUUGCGCGAUAGCCACUUUAGCAUGUAGCCUGCCUAAGGUUUGGAGUCGAUUCUCGCUAACGUGUCUUAAUAAUAAUUAGAGAUUUCUCAUUCGAUUUACAGAUGAAUAUAGAAAAAUAAACUUUCUACGGAAAGUGCAAUCAUGUUUCUAGCGAUCAUUUCCUGACUGGGAAACUUUUACAAAAUAUUUUCCACGCCAUUCACUUUAGGCUUACAAGAUGAAGAUGUUCUCAGUAGCCCACAAGACUGUCUUUGUGGUGGACCACUGUCCCUACAUGGCUGAGUCCAGUCGUCAACAGGUUGAGUGUGAUGUGCUGACCAAAAGCCGAGGCCAGGGAGUCAUCCCUCUGGCUCCCGUGUCCAAGUCCCUGUGGACGUGUGCUGUGGAGUGCUCCAUGGAAUAUUGCCGCAUCCUCUAUGACAUUUACCCGCUGGACAAAUUGAUUAACUACAUUGUGAGUGACUCUGAGUUCCACCUCUUGAAUAGCUGGAAACGUGAUUGCCAGAGCACUCAUGAGCUCAUGUCAUCUCUGGCCGCGGUGGGGCCCCCCAACCCGUGCGAGGACCCCGAGUGCUGCAGCAUCCUGCACGGGCUGGUAGCGGCGGUGGAGUCGCUGUGCAAGAUCACCGAACUUCAGCACGAGAAGCGCAUCGCCCUCAUGGACAUGGCUGAGCGAGUAGCCAAUCGGGGUCGGAUUAUCUGUCUGACAAAUGCCAAAAGUGACACUCAUGUGCGCAUGUUGGAAGAUUGCAUUCAGGAGACCAUUUUGGAGCAAAACAAGCUGGCAGCAGGGUCCGACAGAUUGAUGGCCAUCCAGCAAUGCGAGCUGGUCCUCAUUCACAUCUACCCCCAGGGCGACGACACACUGGUGUCUGACCGGCCCAAAAAGGAGGUGUCGCCUCUGCUAACCAGCGAGGUUCACAGCGUCCGCGCGGGGAGGCACUUGGCCACCAAGCUGAACAUCCUGGUGCAGCAGCACUUUGACUUGGCCUCCACCACCAUCACGAACAUCCCCAUGAAGGAAGAGCAGCACGCCAACACGUCGGCCAAUUACGACGUGGAGCUGCUGCAUCACAAGGACGCCCACAUGGAGUUUAUUAAAAGCGGGGACUUGCAUAUGGCCGGCACCAGCACGCGGGAGAACGGACUUAAAGAAACGGUCACGCUGAAAUGGUGCACGCCGAGAACCAUUUCCGUCGAGUUGCACUACUGCACAGGAGCGUAUCGCAUAUCGCCCACGGACGUCAACAGUCGUCCUUCGUCGUGUUUGACCAACUUUCUCCUCAACGGUCGAUCGGUGCUACUGGAGCAGCCGAGGAAAUCGGGCUCCAAGAUCAUCAGCCACAUGCUCAGCAGCCACGGGGGCGAGAUCUUCCUACACGUGCUCAACAGCACUCGCUCCACGCUGGAGGACCCGCCUUCCAUCAGCGAGGGCUGCGGCGGGCGCGUGACGGACUAUCGCAUCACCGACUUUGGCGAGUUCAUGAAGGAAAACCGCCUCACUCCCGUUUCGGAGGCUUAUCAUCCGGCAGGGAAGCUGCCGGCGGAGCAGGCCAAAGCGCAACUUGAACGCCACACACGCUACUGGCCCAUGAUCAUCUCCCAGACCACCAUUUUCAACAUGCAGGCAGUCGUUCCUCUAGCCAGCCUGAUCGUAAAGGAGGCUCUGACCGAGGACGACGUCCUCACCUGCCAGAAGACCGUCUACAACCUGGUGGACAUGGAAAGGAAGAACGACCCUCUUCCCAUCUCCACCGUGGGUUCCAGAGGCAAAGGCCCCAAGAGAGACGAGCAGUAUCGCAUCAUGUGGAACGAGCUGGAGACUUUGGUGAAAACCCACGCCGGGGCCACCGACAGGCACCAGAGGGUCCUGGACUGCAUCGUCGCCUGCCGUAGCAAACCUCCCGAGGAGGAGGAGAGAAAGAAGCGAGGCAGGAAAAGGGAGGACAGGGAAGACCGGGCAGACAAAAACGGGGGGAAGGACGUGGAGGACAAAAGCUGGAAAGACGCCGAGAGGCGAGUCAUUGACAUGGCCAAAAGUGUGCCGGAUAAAGGGGACCAGGAGUCUGAAGUCAUCAAGGACUCACCGGACUCCCCAGAGCCCCUCAUCAAGAAACCCCGUCUGGCCACUGACGAGGUUGAGUCACCAGAGGGCGCCAAAGGUCCCGUCUCACUCCUCUCUCUGUGGACCAAUCGGAUCACCGCCAAGUCCAGGAAGCGGCGGGAGUUUCUCGGCAGAGCGCGCUCGGUCAACAGCAAGUUUGAGCUGUACCAGCACCUCAAAGAUGAAAACGGGAUGGAUGUUCAUGAAAAUGGCAAGGCCUCCAGAUGAUGCUUUUCCAGCAAGCAGGGGCGCCGCCGUGUGUUUUAAACUUGUCAGUCACGCCCUCAAAGGACGCGCCAAUGAAACGUUGUAUUUCCAAUUUUUUUUUAACCAUUUUUGUAAAUAUAAUCCUCAUGUAUUGUACAUUGCAAUAAAAGCAGACACUAGAGAACGCUG